UGUCCCUCAGCGAACAGAACUUGAUUGAUUGCUCGACUAAGUAUGGCAAUGAUGGUUGCAAUGGCGGACUUAUGGAUCAAGCCUUCCAAUAUGUGAAGGACAAUGGUGGCAUUGACACUGAGAAGACUUACCCCUACGAAGCCGAGGACGACAAAUGCCGAUACAAUCCCAAGAAUUCCGGUGCCACGGAUUCUGGUUUUGUUGAUGUUCCUGCUGGAGACGAGAAGGCUUUAAUGAAGGCGAUCGCAUCCGUGGGACCCGUUUCCGUUGCCAUUGAUGCCUCCCACGAAUCGUUCCAGUUCUACUCCGAAGGGGUGUAUGAUGAGCCGGAGUGCAACCCGCAAAACUUGGAUCAUGGUGUUCUUGCUGUCGGCUACGGAACUGACGCCAAAACGGGACAAGAUUUCUGGUUGGUCAAGAAUUCAUGGGGAACCACUUGGGGAGAUAAGGGAUACGUGAGGAUGUCCCGGAAUAAGGACAACCAAUGUGGCAUUGCUUCUUCUGCUUCAUAUCCGCUUGUUUGAAGCCUGAAAGCGUUUUGACACUCAUCAAGAUGGAACCGAUUUGAUUUUCGACGAAUUCACCACCUGAUGACGAUUUUCGGACUUUCUGUUGCCUUUUUGGGGAAAUUGAUUCAGGAAAAUGUGUUUGAACGACUUGGCCUCUUGGUAAAUACGGCUUCUGUUGAAUGCGAGAGAGAUAUACUGUGCUGUAGUGUGAGGAAGGUGAUGACAGCGAAAUUUGGCAAUCACCCCUCG